AUGGCGGACGAGGUGCUCCACGCGCUGCUCGACCGCGUGCCCGCUUCGGCCCCUGCCCGCCUGCCGAACUUCACGCGCCACAGCAUCAAGGGGCGGCAAUACCCCGCAGUGGUUCCAAACGCGCACGACUCCGUGAUGGGGAAGCUGCUUCUCAACCUCUCCCCUCCAGAAAUGAACCUAUUUGAUGCCUUUGAAGAUGUGGAGUAUGUGCGCUCAACCCACCCAGUUUCCCUGCAAGGGUUAAUUACCCAGCCGGUUUCCGGGCAGGGGUUGACAAUAGGGGAUGGAGAGAUAAAGGCGCCGGGUGGAGGAGAGGGAGGAGAGGGAGGAGAGGGAGGAGAGGGAGGAGAGGGAGGUAAGGGAGGAGAGGGAGGAGAGGGAGGAGGAGGCGGAGGAGAGGGAGAGAUGAGGGCGUUUGUGUAUGUGUGGGCAAGUGUGCAAGACCCUGACCUGUAUGGGUCAUGGGAUUACGAGGCGUGGCGCAUCAAAUGGUUGGACUCGUAUGUUGCAAUGUGCCGAGUAUUUGCGCAAGAAUGGAAAGAAGAGGGGUCGUGGAGUGGCAUCGAGCAUAGGGAAACAUUGCAGGCCAAAGGACCAAUCUCUUAG